AAAAAUUUCUCUGAGUGUAAACAAAAUAGAUUUCGAGUGCAGCAGAAAAUUCAUUAAUUAUAGUAGUUUUUAUGAGCAAAGAAACAUCAUAAGUAGCAAAAAUGGUUGGCUUAACAGACCAUAAUAUUUGUGUGAAUGCAAGAAUUCGCGUUGGACAGGAUUUCGGCUGUAUUAAAUACAUUGGAAAUGUUGUUGGACAUGACGGGCAGUGGAUUGGUGUUGAAUGGGAUGAUGCUUCGAGAGGAAGACAUAACGGAACUGUCAAUGGUCAUUAUUAUUUUGAAACGAAAUUUCCUAAAAGUGGAUCAUUAAUAAGAUCAGAAAAGAUCCAUAAGUUUGAGACAUUGGAAGAUGCAAUUCGUGAGCGUUACUUGCCACCAGAACAGCAGUCAUUUAUUAAUGAUGAGCUACUAAAUGAAGCUCGAGAUGCAUUAUCUGCGCCAUUUAUGAAGGUCGUUGGAAUGGAAAAACUGAGGGAACGGCAAAGUAAGCUAAAAUUCACGGAAGACAUAACAAUUUGUCACUCUACAAUUAAUCAAGCUGGAAAGAUACCUGAAUUGGAUAGCUUGAGAACUCUUUGUCUCCAAUCGUCAUGCAUUUCGCAUUGGAAUGUCGUAAAUGACAUUGUGAAGCAAAUUCCAUCAUUGCGGAACAUUGAUUUAAGUCUUAACCGUCUCGAAUUACCGAAUGAGAAUGAACAACUGAGAUUUGAGAAAAUUGAUACCUUAAUUCUUAAUUCCUGCAAUUUAUUCGAUUGGAAUGAGAUUUUAGGAAUUGCGAAGAUGUGUCCAAAUUUGAGGGAAUUAUCGUUGAAACAAAACAAUAUAAAAUGUUUAACGGAUGAUUCAGCAGAAGCAUUUCCUCGUCUAGAGACAUUGAGUAUUGGCGAGAAUAGUAUUUGUGAUUUUGAGGAAGUUUUAAAGCUUAAGGACCUUCCAGCAUUAAAAGAAUUGAUGAUUAACAAUAAUCAAAUGAAAAGAGUUGACCUGCCUAAUUGUGAAAUAACUGAGAGAUUAAAACUCUUUGAGAAGCUCGAGUCAUUAAAUCUACGUCAUAAUCCAUUCGAGAAUGAAAUUCAAAUGUUUAAUGAAUUGGAUAAAUUACCUGCCCUAACGCGCUUAUCAUAUGUCAACCAAAAAGCAACAGAUGGAAAUGAAACUGAGAUUAUGGAGAUAUUCAUGGAAGCUGUUGGAAUGAUUGAGAACUUGUAUUCAUUUAAUAGAAGUGAAAUUGAGAAAGUUCAUAGAAAUGACGCAAUGUAUGAGAUGUGGAAGAAGUUUGCAGUUGAAUGGAUGCAAGUGGGUGGCGAAGGUGAACCAAAAAUGAGUGAAUUCUAUAAAAAUCAUCGCUGUUAUCCACGACUACUUAAAAAGUAUGGAACUCCAGAUCAGUUUAUUCUACAGCCAAAUCGUAAACGUGUCACGACGAUUGAAAUUCAAUUUAAAAAUGUCAUGAAUGGAAAGAUGUUUCAUAAGAAAGUUCCAAUAGCUAUGACAGUCAGAUCACUCGUUGGAUUAGUUUAUAAAAUUGCUGCUUUACACACCUGUCCCGGUAUGGAUUUAAAGUCUAUUAAACUCUAUUAUAUUGAUGCUUACAAUAACAACAUCAAAGUCUAUUUGGAUAAUUUAUCAAAGUCAUUGGAUUAUUAUUCCUUACAAAAUGGUGAUACAAUUUAUAUUGAAAAGUAGGCACUGGCAUUAUUUCCAUUAAUUAUAUUAUUCGCCUUUCCAAAAAUUAUUUGCUUACCUACACGUUCUGUAAAUUGAGCUUAUAUUAAUAAAGUGCAAAAUUUCCUUAUUUAUUAACAGUCAAUAUUGC